AUGUCGAAGCAGGCGACGAUAAACGUGGGUACGAUAGGGCAUGUGGCACACGGUAAAUCGACGGUGGUGCGUGCGUUGAGUGGUGUUCAGACGGUGCGUUUUAAGAACGAGAAGGAGCGAAACAUUACGAUAAAGUUGGGUUAUGCGAAUGCGAAAUUAUUCAAGUGUGACAUAUGUCCAUCACCAGGGGCAUACUCUUCUCAUGGAAGUGGACAUGCAGAUGAGUAUCCAUGUCCGACUUGUGGUAAGGGUGUACGACGUGUUGUCCGACAUGUGAGUUUCGUGGAUUGUCCAGGCCACGACAUUUUGAUGGCUACGAUGUUGAAUGGUGCAGCAGUAAUGGAUGCAGCUUUGUUAUUGGUUGCCGGUAAUGAGCCAUGUCCACAGCCUCAGACAAGUGAGCAUUUAGCGGCAGUUGAAAUCAUGAAAUUAAGACACCUAAUAGUUCUGCAGAAUAAGGUGGAAUUGAUUAAGGAAGAGCAAUGUUUGGUCCAGCAGGAGCAAAUUAAAGAUUUUGUGAAGGGUACGGCAGCCGAUAAUGCUCCUAUCGUUCCUAUCUCUGCCAUUCUUAAGUACAACAUGGAUGUCGUAGCAGAGUACAUGUGUUCGAGGAUAGCUGUUCCUGUGCGGGACUUCAGCGCAAAACCCGAAAUGAUCGUCAUUCGUUCUUUCGACGUUAAUAAACCCGGAGAUUCCAUUGAGGCUAUGGUAGGUGGUGUGGCCGGUGGGUCUAUUCUAAAGGGAGUGUUUAAACUUGGAGAUGCUAUCGAAUGCCGACCCGGACUCGUACGUAAACUUCCUGAUGAUACCUUCUCUGUACGACCCAUCCGUUCCGUAAUUACCUCCCUUCAUGCUGAACAGAAUGAACUGCAAUUCGCCGUACCCGGUGGACUCAUUGGAGUGGGCAGUACCAUUGAUCCUUCUCUAACCCGUGCCGAUGCUCUCGUUGGUCAAGUACUCGGCCAUCCAGACCAUAUGGCCGAUGUCUACGAAAUACUUGAAAUCAACUUCUACCUUCUACGACGUCUCAUCGGAAUACGUGUCAAACGAACAAACAAACUCGAAUCUGCCGCUGCCGCAGCUGCAGGUAAGAAAGCGACUAAAGUUAAACCAUUGGAAAAAGGUGAAUACCUUAUGGUCAAUAUCGGAUCCACCUCUGUUGGAGCAAGAGUAGCCUCUGUUAAAAAUGAUGUCGCCAAAUUUAAACUCGCCGCUCCCGUCUGCACCAAAAUCGGAGAUAAAGCCGCACUUUCACGACGCGUCGAUAAAAACUGGCGACUCAUCGGCUGGGGACAAAUCUACCGCGGCGUCUCCGUACCACUCGAAGAAUGCAUAUAG